GGCGUCAGUUUAACAGCUCGGCAUGGAAAGAGCAGCAGAGAGGGGAGCUGGACACGCUCUGGUACUCUGGGGUCUCACUCUGCUCACAUUACCUGGUUCAUGACCAAUGUAAAAAGGGGAAAAUGGAGUGGAAGCCCUGGGACAACUCUUACAGUUGGUGAAUUAAAGGUGGUGAUGACCUCACAGAAAGAGGAUAAAGGAGUAAGUGAAGGAGACUCUGUGAGUUUGACAUGUGGCACAGACAGCUGCUCUCUCAGCCAAUCAGAAUUCACCUGGUUUAAGGACGACCAGCAGCUCCCAGAAACACAGUCCACACUUCACUUCAGGCCUGCCUGCAAAUAUCACUCUGCAAGCUACUCCUGUGGAUUAAAAGGCAACAGACAAACUGUGUCUGAAGCAGUGAAUUUGUCUGUCAGAGAUGGUGCAUGGACUGUGCGUUACACAGAGAGAAACCUGUGUGCAGUGAGAGGAUCGACUGUGCUCAUUCAGUGUGAAUAUGAGUAUCCAGAGCCAUACAAAGUGGACUCCAGGAUGUGGAGUCAUAAUGAUGUGGACUGUACUGGAAAACCAUAUGUCUGUCACAGUAAUAAUGCAAACAUUAGUGCUGAGUACGCAGGCAGAGCAGAAUUCUUGGGGAACAACACAAGGAACUGUGCAUUGCAGAUAAAGAACAUUAGAGAGACGGAUGCUGGAGAGUAUAGAUUCAGAUUCAUAACGAACGGGUGUGAGAAGUGUGGUGGACCUGGAGUGACUCUUCAAGUUGAUGAACUGAAGGUGGUGAUGACCUCAUCCAGAGUAAAUGAAGCAAUAAGGGAAGGAGACUCUGUGAACCUGACAUGUGGCACAAACAACUGCUCUCUCAGCCAAUCAGAAUUCACCUGGUUGAAGGACAACCAGCAGCUCCCAGAAACACAGUCCACACUUCACUUCAGUCCCAUAUCCUAUCAUCACACAGGAAAAUAUUCAUGUGCUUUAAAAGGAUAUAAUGAGAUUGUGUCUGAUGUCAUCUCACUGGAUUUUCAAUAUAUGUCAAAUCUGGUUAUUCUAUGCACAGUAUUGGCUGUUUUAAUUGUAUUGCUUAUAAUUAUCCUUUACAUAGUGAGAAGGAAGGCAGAUUCAGUGAAUGAGGUGAACACAGACGGGAAAAGAUCACAUACAGUAACAGAAGAGUAUGCAAACAUUGCUACCACAUUGCAGCUCGUGAACCAGAGACAGGAAGUUUCAUCACAGGUGGAGGACACCUGUUAUGCUUCUGUUACUAGGCAACCAGAAGGGAAGAAGAGUAAUUCAUGGAAUAUGAAGAACGUCACAGGAGGGCCAACAUCAUUUCCAGAAGAUACUGAGUAUGGGAACAUUACAAGGCCUAAUAUGUCGGAGGAUGAAGUCUGUUAUGCUUCUGUUCAGUUUAAAACCAAGCACCCAAAAAAUAAAAUUGCUAUGAGCAGCGAGCAGGAGAGUCAGAAUGACGAUACAGUCAUUUAUUCUGCAGUCGGAAUGACAGCAUCCCUCAGUUAAACAAGGCAUCACUAAUGCAGGAGGUCCUCAGGGGAGAGAAGCUGGGUGCCAACAAUGUGCUGGCCAUCUUCUCUACCUAUUCCUGGGCAUUUCGCACUGAAGGAGAGCAACUGUCAAGCAACGCCUACAUACAGCUGCUCUUGAUGCUCUGAUGGUGCACCAGUAGAAGUUAGGCAGCAUUUCAGGUGAUCGAUAAGCCUUCUUCAGUUUCCUGAGAAAUUAAAGAUGCUGUUGCUAAUAUGAUGGUCCUUUCUAAACAUUUUUUCUCUGUAGGCUUUUUACUAAGUGAGUAGUUGGUUAGAUGAUGAAGGACAGAACCCCAUUAAGAUGUCGCAUGAUUUCAUAAAUUAAUCUGUAGAUUAAUUAAAUAAACGGAGCGCUGAGAUAUGUGACUUUCUGUUGGGUAAUAAGGGAUCCAGCAAGUCCAGGUUUUUAAGGUAGAACAUGAAAGAAACUAUUUCACAUCAACCAAAAAACAUUUUAAAAACUGCUAAAUGAAAACAAAUCAAACAAAUUACAGUUGUACCCUGCUAUCCGCUGAUUCACUAUCCGCUGAUCCAUUUAACCACAGUCGACAGUGGUGGAAAAAAAAAAAAACAUAAACGACUUUUAAACUCCACACCAUACCAAGUUUCAAGUUGAUUACAACAAGGCAUCAACCGACAUUCGUAGGCCUGCCUAAGUCUUUGUUCGCGAUGUCCUGUAAUUUACAGCAUUUUCACACAUACAGUUUCCCCCUCUCCUCUCUCUUUCUCAUUUUUAAUGUCUUGGCUUUUUUUUUUAAGUAUUUAAACCACAUAAAAUGAUGGAAAACGAUAAAAAUUGACAAUACCUGGUGUUCAUGUGGCCUUAAGAGGCACAUAGUACAGUCAUAUAAGGUGUUCGUGCUAUCCGUGGAUUUCGAGAUCCACGCGGGGUCUUGGACCCUAAGAUACUGGGGUAUGACUGUAUACCAUUAUGAUAGUCAGCCUACCUAUAUGUUUCUUCAUGGUGUAUUCCAGAUUGGACAAGUGACACCGCCAUGUCCCUUUGAGAUUACUGGUUCUCAGUCCUGUUCUCGGAGCCCCACCUUACCAGAAUGUUUUCAUUCCAACCUUAAUCAGGCUCGGAUGGUACUUAACAGGCUAAACAUGAAUGUGGCAGGUUGAAAGCAGUGUGGGCUGGAAUGAAAACAUUGUGGCAGGGGGGUCCUCCAGGAACAGGAUUGAGACCCAGUGAUCUAGAUCGACAAUAUGAUUCCUUAUGCAGCAACUAAGAUGUGACUUGAUGCUUUUGCAGUAUGCACUCCUGCUGACUUGUUCUAUUGAUAUUCAGCACCCCCUGUAUUUCCUCAGAACUUCAGACAGUACUUACAUACUUGGUUUGACUUCUGCUCUUGAUCUGUAAGAUCUACUUCCUCGUUUGCAACUUAACUAAAACUAAAUUCAAAAUCCACCCAUACAUACUACUUAUGUCAGGGGGGGUGCAGGGGCCUAUAUCAGGCAGCAUAAGGUACAAGGCUGGGGUGCACCCUGCAUGGGAUGUCAUGUCAGUAAAGUAUAAAGUUGUUCUGCAUAAAUAAAAUUAUCAACUAUGUUUGAGCACCACAUAUCUUGAUAUAUGCUUGUGUGACAAAUGGCUCAGUGACACAUUGGUUAGUACUUUUGCCUCACAUCUCCAGAGUCAACAGUUGAAAUGCUUCCCUCACCCUGGGUAUGUGUGUGCAGUUUCUUCCUUCCGUUUUUCUGUCAUGUUGCGUGGUUUACCAUAUACUGUACUUCAGUUUCCCUUCAUUAAGUAAACUGGUGGCUCAUAAUUUCCCAUAGUCUGCCAUUAUGGGUGUGUGCGUUUGCCUUUGUCUUGUCUGGCAUCCCAUCCAGGCUGUUCCCUUGCCUUGUCCCCAUAUGUCACCUGAGAUAAUCUCCUGGUUUUAUGUGAACCUGUAUGGGGGGGAAAUGGCUGGAUGAAAGUAGGUCUGAAAGUUUUUUUUUAUUACUUGAGGUUGAAAAUUUAAUGCAGAACAACUGAUUUUGCUCAGGAAUCCCUUGUAUUCCCAGUGAUUGAGUAUAAAUGUUUAUUUGAGUGUAUGUUUAACAUAAAACUUUGGUUUUGUCUCUUCUGUUAAAGGGUUGGACUUUGUUUUAACUUGGUAAAAUGACGUCUCAUUUCCCUCACAAAUUUAUGACCUUCUAGUGUUCAUGCUUCUGUUUUUAGAGAUUUGCCAAGAAUGACUUAGAUUUAGACAGUGUAUUAUUCCUAAACAUUCACCUUCUGAUCUGAGAGUCAAAUCAUAAACUGAGAAAAAAAAAAACUGUUGGUGGACAAAGUGGAGCGAAACGCUUUUAUGUUACAGCUGCUUUAUUUGAUCAAUGCAACACAGAUACAAGCACAAAUUAUUUUGUUCUUUAUUUUGAGACUUCUGUUUGUCCUAUUAAAAACUUACAACAGAGUAUUGAAAAUAAAAGCUCUGCACAAUUACAAUGUCAGUUCCUGCGAAUGCCUACAGGGCGUCACACUUUAGUAGUCUUUCUUCUUGGUCCGCCAUUGUUUACUUUGCAAUCUCUUGUAUCGGAUAUCCAACUUAAAACAGUAGUAGCGUGUAUUUAUUGUGUGACAGCCUUACUUGUAAUACAGUGCCCUCUGUUCAUGUAGCAUUUUUGAAAGCAUUGAAAUUCACCUUAUACUUAAAUAAAUUUAAAUAUAUA